ACGUGUACGCCACUAUUCAACCUGUAGCUGAAAAAGGACCGUACGUCCCUCGCUGUGGAAAGAGUGUAUCACUAUCUUGAAUGAGUCCUCCUAGGCACUAUGAAAACGAAAACUUUUUUACACAUGUAAAGGAAACCCCACUAAGGACGAAUACAUUUGAGAACAAACUUUUGGAAUUUCUUGCAAACUUGGGACCCUGCCUGUCAUAAAGUUUUAUUAUACUGUUCUUAAAUUUCACGAACAGACAGAAUGUACUCCCAAAAUCUGGUCCUUUUUGUGCUGUCAUAUUCCCUCACCUUGCUGCUGAUGAUGAUGUGCGUCUCGCCAGCCUCAGCGCAGAAGUCGAAUGGUCCGAGGUGGCUUAUAGGGGACAGGGAGAGCCACUGUGCCACUGUCUGCUCCAAGACCCACGGCAAACCUGUGUGUGGUUCAGACGGACGCAGUUAUGAUACCAGCUGUGACCUGCAGAGGGCGAAAUGCAAGGACCGCACUCUUAGCCUUGCCCACAGGGGGAGAUGCAAAGGUAAAAACUCUGUCAGAAUAGAUCAACCUCCCAUCCUCCCCGCACCUACACUUGCUUCAGAGGGCAAAGGGGUGGAAUUGAAAGAAACAGGCCAAUCCAAAUGUCGACUGGAAAGGAGCCAGGCUUUGGAGCAGGCUAAGAGGCCACAGGAAUCUAUUUUUAUUCCACAAUGCAAUGAUGAUGGAACGUUUGCACAGGUCCAAUGUCACACACUCACAGGGUACUGCUGGUGCGUGACAACAGAUGGCAAGCCAGUCAGCGGUUCUUCUGUCCAGAACAAAACGCCAGUGUGUUCAGGAAACUUCCGUGAAUUUAUGGGAACUCAAGCUGGGACGAGUGGAUUAUCAGGGUCAGUAACCGAUAAGCCACCAGGACCUCCUAGUUCUGGCAGAAAAGUCUCUUUCCGUUUCUUUCUCACCCUCAAUCCAGACGAUGGCUCCAAGCCCACUCCCACUAUGGAGACACAUGUUGUGCCAGAAGGUGAGGAGAUUACAGCCCCCACAUUAUGGAUAAAGCAACUGGUUUAUAAAGAACCCAGGCAAAACAGUACCAACAGUAAAAAACCAGAGAAGAUACCUUCUUGCGACCAGGAGAGGCAGAGUGCUCUGGACGAUGUUCGGCAGAACCCACGGGAGGCCAUCUUUAUCCCUGACUGUGGCCUGCAAGGCCUCUACAAACCUGUCCAGUGCCACCAGUCCACUGGUUACUGCUGGUGUGUGCUGGUAGACACAGGACGACCCAUUCCUGGAACCUCUGCAAGAUAUAAGAAACCAGAAUGUGACAGUGCAGCUCGUUCUCGAGUCUCAGAGAUUGAGGAUCCUUUCAGAGACAGAGAUCUGACAGGGUGUCCAGAGGGAAAGAAAGUGGAAUUCAUAACCAGUUUGUUGGAUGCCCUUACUACUGACAUGGUACAUGCUAUCAACUCACCAGCCCCCUCUGGUGGUGGGAGGAUGGUUGAGCCUAACCCUAGCCACACACUGGAGGAACGGGUGGUUCAUUGGUAUUUUGCCCAGCUGGAUAACAAUCGCAGUCACGACAUCAACAAGAAGGAGAUGAAACCCUUUAAACGCUAUGUGAAGAAAAAAGCCAAACCCAAACGAUGUGCCCGCAAGUUUACAGACUACUGCGACCUCAACAAGGACAAGACUAUCUCUCUUCAAGAACUCAAAGGCUGCCUAGGAGUCAAUAAAGAGGGUAGUACUACAAGCAGCAGCAGUCAGGGUGCAAGGCAAGGGACCAAUUUGUUCAUAGGUCGUCUGGUUUGAAGACAGAAAGUUCCAGAAGAUGAGGAAGUUGUGCAAUGUACUGUGGGAAGGCAUCUGUUCACUGCUGGAGGAGUACCACAAAGGAUUCGGCUAAAUAAUUGCGAGGUUCCUGAAGAAAAGGCAAACAAUGAUAAAUGAUAACAAGGAGCCAAAAUAUUUGCACUUUCUCUUCCCAUUGUUAGACAUUUUACUAUGUCCUUGUUUGUGUUUCAUUAAAUGUUUUAUUAAUAUGACAAAAAUGUAUGACAGAGCACAGACUAAGUGUGAAUGAUUCACUGCUACCAUCCACAUCAUGCUCACCGCCAACUCAGUCAGUAUUAUAUAGUUGUGUUUAAUGAGACUUUUUAAAUGAGAAAUUAAAAAAAUCCAAGCUUAAAAAACGAAUUUCAAAUCAAUCAAACACUCCUUCAGUUGAUAUUUGGUUGUCCAGAAAUGCGGUUUUGCAGUUGUUUUUGUAAAUGUCCACUCAACCAGUUUGUUUACCCUUCUGUUAACCUCGGCAACGGAACUAAUGGAGCAUUGAUUGUGAACAAGAAUUGGAGCGAAAUCGUUUCUGUCAACAAACAUUAGCUACGGUCUCCCAGACCUGCACCUCAGGACACUAGUAAUAUUUACCGAACCAUCGCCUUAGAAUGAGCAGUGAGUUCCACAUGAUUCAUUCAGAAGUCAGAGGUCAAAAACACUAUCACCAAAAAGUAGUUUUGUAAAUGUUACACAACACUUCGCUAAGCUAAGCUUCACUUCAUGAAAUGAAUUAUUCAGUGGGUACAUCUUGCGUGAGCAAUUACUGCUUUUUACAAUCCUUUAAUGAAAUCCUAUUAUUUCCUAAGAGAUUAAUUUAUGAUCAAUAUCUCUCUUCUGCAUAAAAAGUUUAUAGCAUUCAAGUCAUGUAGCUAUCUCAUUUACUGUAUGCUAAUCAGAAAGUGUCAUAGUUCAAUCGUAAUACAGCACAGUACUUCUUAACGGUGUGAUGAACUUGGCUUGUUUAUUGUUUUAUACUGUAGGAGGUCGACUUAUGAUGUUCGCGUGGUUUUUAAACUCAAAAAUCGAAUUUAUUCAAAAUCAAUAAGUAAUAGUCUAUUUUCUACCCGGGUUUUGAGGCCGGAUUGACAAACGAUUGGUGUGAAUGGGCGUUCCGCCAUGAAGACUUGGAAGUAAACGCCCACUGUUAUAAUUGGAUAGCAGUUUGCGUUGUAAACUUAGUUGGAGCCUUCUGUGAAUUUGUUUAGAGACGUAAUGUUAGGUUACACAUUUGCCCUAUUCGCAUGGGAUUAGUAUUAUCUUGGGACCUUGUGUGAUUUAAAUUACCUUCCCACAUCUGUAUUUCAUGUGGCGUAUUCGCACAGGAUAAAUGAAGCCUGUGAUUUUACUAAAAUUUACUGACUUAUUUCCUGGAUGUGAUGGCAAGGCUUUGCGUGUAGUUCGUAUAGCUUAUAAUUGUAUGGUGUUUAACGAUUCACACAGGAUUAAGAUCAUAGACAACCUCUGCAAGUAUUAUAAAUGACUAAAAAUCCACAGGUAACUCUCAUCCCGUGCGAAUAGGGCCCAGGGCAUAUCCAGCGAUCUCUAACAAAGCAUUAUUGACGCAAUCUUAAUGUACUCAGAUGAAUGUACAAGAUUCCUUUGUCAUUCCUAUCUAAUCCAAUAUUGAUGGCACUGCUUUUUAAUUUUAGUCUCUCUGCAAAUCCCUCGUCGACCUAUGCCUUGUUCACAAAGGAAUCUGCGGUAAUGUUUUACCCACGUGAGGUGGAACCUCUUUAAAAACAAACUUCAACCAUGCAUUACUAAUGUCGGAAUCCGAAGGGAGGUUAUGCAGCGACUGUGUUCUUCCAUAACCAGGCACUGACUCCACAAUAUUAUGCUUGCUCGCUCUUUCUGGUUCCACGCACUUGUGUUACUAAAGGAACUUUCAUGCCCGAACCAGAGGGCGGGCUAGAGAUGUUGUGGUUGAUAUUGUUCUGUGGAGGGGUGUUCUACCCAUCAAUGACAUCAUAGAUAGGUGCAUUCCAGGACCUGGCGUUUGUUGAGCCUGGUGUCAAUAACAAUUAUCAUAUCAGUAACAAGGACGUUUUCAGUUCUGACACUUACAGGAUGUUUGAUGGAUACGAUUCCCUCUUAUAUAACAAAAGCUCGGGUUAAAAUUGAUGUCUUAAUUAAUCGCCCCUUUAAAGAACCUGGUAUACCAAUACCAUGGGAUAUACCUGUAAAUAUUGAAAUAAUUUGGACCACCUUACAUGGAAAAUACUGUGGUAUUGCAAUACAUCUGAUAGGAUCACUAGCAUCACAGUAGCUUGUGUGAGGGUAGGCCUUCAUUUUGAGGCUCAGGUCCUGAAACAAACAUACUUGCUAACAGCUUUUUUAUAUUUCUUAAGGUAUGUUGCAUACCUUUACACUUCACUUGGUUUUUCGUCUCAUUUGAAAAUCUUAGCUGGAAUAUCUGAUUUUUUUUCACUGAUAUUUAUGCUGGAAGAGCAAAAUAAAAAAAGACAUGAAACAACAUUGAAUGUUAAGACAGUGACCCAUUCAGUGAGUUAUGGAAAGAAUUUUCACUCAUCCAAUAUUAAAUAUAGAUACAUAUAUUUACUCUGAAUGUUAACGACAUUAUCUUUCUGCUUUAGGAAGGAUGUGGUUUGUUUGUCUUCAUUUGUGGUCAUUUGUUUGUUUGUCAUCAUGUUUGUGAAUGUGUGCGUACAUUUUUUUUUUGCUUAUGGACAUACUUUGAAGUCAUUAUUUUGGCUCAAAAAGUAAAGUGUCAAGUUGUAAAUAUUUAUCAUCAUACUGUGUGUGCUUUUGGGCUGUUCACAAAGUCUUAAACUCUUUUAGCGUCAACAUCAAUUAGAAUAUAUUUUAGAGUAAAGUUUCUAAGUAGCCUGUUUUAUCAUAAAAUUGCUGUUUGUGAAGUCUGUUAAUCACAAUGUAAAAAUUACAACCAUUGACCCAUACACAUAUAAAAAGAUCUUAACUGUGUCAUCUUGAUUUUAUAAGACAUUCAUUAAAUGUGAAAUUCUGUUUAGUGGACAACAGAGGGUGUUUAUUUCUUUGUCUUUUUUAAUGUCAUGUGCAUUCUUUGCUUGGAGAAACAAGUGAUUACAGUAAAAUUUCACCUGGAGUACAGACAAUGUCAUUUACAAACAAUUGCACCAGAUUGCAUUUUACAGCUAUAAAGGAUGUGUUGUUUUAUGAUAAUUUUUUUGCAUACUUUGCUGUAGCAUACAUUUAUGACACAAUGAUCAACUACAACAAAUUUUAAAUCACACACAUGCCUCCAAGAUCUGAACCACCAUUAAAUAUUUGAAUGGACUGAAUGCUCUAAUAAAAAGUCCUUUGUGAUGACUUGGUACA